GGGUUUACUAUAUACCUAUAUAUAUUCAUCCAUUCGGCUGCAUAUUCAUUCAUGUAUGUAUGCUAAUAUAUAUAUAUACAUAGUAUAGCUUAGCUCUACAGUGUCAUCCCCAUACAUAGAGCUAACACUUGUUUUUGUUUUGUUUUUUUAAUUUAGAUAUUUUGACGUUUGUUGAAAUAUAUUUUUUAGAAUGUAUGAAAAAAGAAAAUUUAUUACAUUCAAAAAUAUGUUAUUCAUUAGAUAUUUAUGAAUAUUAAUUAGAAAAUUAAUCAGAUAGAUAAAUAUAUGUUAUAUUUUCGUUUUCGCUUUCGUUUUCGUGUAAACAAGAAAGUCUAUUAUCGGUUCGCUUAACAGUAUGGAUAAAAUGUUUUAAUUGUUUUGAUAUUAUGAAUGAAGAUGCUGUGAAACUUUGUAGAAGAUGCUAUUAAUGAAAAAGUACGUAGUCAAUAAUCAUUUUAUUUUUUGUAUCCAUAUCUGUUAUACAAAAGUCGAUUGCAUAUGAUCGUACGAAAAAUUUAUAUAGAAAAAAACGUUGAUAACUAUUUUUCCAAGAGUUAAACACAAUAAAAAGAAAAUUUCGAUUAUCAACUAUGAGCCGAAUCUCCUCAAGAUCCCUAUCAUCGACCAUUGAACCAACCAAUUGUGAAUAGAAGAAAGAAAUUCAUUCUUCUUAUUACAUGAACUUUUAGCUCGUGUCGAUAGGUCUUAAGUUAAAAGAAAAGGUUUAUUCUUUGACAAUAGUGUUCAAAUAGGAUAUUAUCUCUAUGAGAAGAAAAUAACUGGUCUUUUAAACAAGCUUCUAUCUGUAUACUAGAAACUUGAAAGGCAAUACAAAAAUGUCUAUUCGAAGGUUUCUUAACUUUUCAGUCAUUGUUAUCAUUUACCGAUCUUUUCUAUUUGUUUUUAAUGAAAUUUAUAUAGAAAAGUAUAUUGAAAAAACAUGAAUUUGAUUUUAAUUCUAUUUUCUUUUUAUCUACGGUAUUAAUGUAAAAUAUGUACCUUAAGUAGAUGAUACAGUUGGAACAAUCAUGUCAUGUCAUAGUCAUAUACAUAUUAAAAGUUCAUCAACAGCUGUUGGUCUUAUAUUAGGUAGAGGAAUAAAUGCAUGUUAUAUUGAAAACUUAGAUAAAGUUGACACAUGGGAUGAUGAUUAUAGUAAACUGAAACAAGUUGUUAUUAAUAUGGAAUCGAGUGCAUUUGGUGAGAAUGGUUGUAUAAGUCAUAUACGAAGAAAAUAUGAUGAAGAAAUUGAUUUUUCAUCGAUUAAUCCUGGCAAGCAAAUGUAA